CGAGAAGAUACGAGAGUAAGUUAAACAUGUGAAAAGCGGGAAGAAAAUCUAUUUUUGUUAUAUUAUGGCCUCAAAUACUCGUCGAUCGACUCGCUUAUCAGCAGAACCGGGAGAGUCAACAAUCAGAGACAUAUGGCAGUACUCCCAGAAACAGCGUGAAAGUUUUGACCCCCAAGCCAUGAAUGAAGCAUUGGAUCAGCAUCGCCAGUCUAGGCAGCAAAUAAAACACCCCAGUACUAGCGAGAAAAUGUCAUUUAGUCAGUUGUUUGGUGAGUCCCCUGCACCUAGAGAGGAACUGCGCAGUCAAGCAAUGAAACGACGUAGCAUGAAUGUCAAUCUACAGAAAUCCUUGGCUCUGUUGGAUGAAGCAGUUGGGACCCCAGGUCCUUCCCUGCGUACUAAGACACCUCUUAAGCACAGUUCAUAUACCCCGAAGCAGCUUCCCUCAGCCUCUAAGUUUGAUGUGUCAGGAUUACUAGGGCCUCCCAUGGGACGUGGGAUGGAUGUCUCAGUUGACAUGACAACUGCCACUCCUAUGAGGAGUUUCAGGGCAGAUAGCACCACCCCUGGCAGAGCAGAUGUGACCACUACAAAUGUAGCCUUAUUGUUAGAGGAGGAUCCUGGACUAUCAGCUUCGCAGAGUUUAUUUGGAGACUUCCUUCAGAAUUUAAAAGAGCAUAAUUCCCCUGAUCAUAUCUUUGACCUGGUGUCUGGCUACGAGUCUUCCUGCUCUGAACAGGUCCUUCUACUCAAGAAACUUGUCAAGAGGACCACUCCUGGACAGAAUAAAUUCUCUCGUACGUUGAACAUGCUAGAACUACUCGACCAGGAGAAAUGUACUUGGCGCCUGUUGGCCUCCUUGUAUGAGGACAGACUGAAGAGUCAGAUGCUGGAAGAAGAAGAUAUGGCUAUAGAUAUAUUGAAUAAAUACAGGAGUGAGAAAGAUAUUAUGACAAGUUUAUAUGAGAGAGAUGCCCAGCUGCGACAAAGCCAGCUAGUGAUUGACUGGUUGGAGAAGAAUGCUGAAGAACAACUGGUCGAUGUCUAUGAAAAUAUUGAAUUCUUCACAGACCAAGGGGGUGCUUGGGAGAAUACUCUCCAUAGUCUACAAAAGAAGUCUGGUGGUAUAUUGUCAAACUCUGAUAGACCUUUGGUAAAUGAAAUGGACCCAGAUGCUCCCAUCAGACAAAAACGUCCAAUAGCUGAUCUGGACCGUGAAGACGAGCUGCGUUUAUUAAAGAACAUGUUCACAUGUUUAAUGGCUGGCCAGAUUGAGGAGGCCAAGAGAUUGUGUUCUAAAUGUGGCCAGGACUGGAGGGCGGCUACACUGGAGGGCUGGAGAUUGCAUAAUGAUCCUAACUAUGAGAAACUGGGGGAAGGGGGAGAGAUGAUUGGUGUAGAGGGAAACCCAUAUAGAGAUGUUUGGAAGGCUGUGUGCUGGAGAAUGGCAGAGGAGGAGAGCUUCAGUAUAUAUGAGAAGGCUAUCUAUGCAUCACUAAGUGGAAACUUGAAGCAUAUUCUGCCAGCAUGUGAGUCUUGGAAGGACUAUCUGUGGGCCUAUUAUAAAACUAUGGUUGACAACCAGGUUGAACAAGAGAUUCGCCUCAACUCUACACUAGAUAGGAAACUACAUGCAUUACCUAGAGGAUAUGCUGAUAAAGUGUUAACCCCCGAGUCUGUGUUCAUGGAGAUACAAUCCACAGCAAAUGAUAAAGUACGAGAUGAGUGUGCCGACAAGUUUCACAUCAUACAAAAAUUCAUAAUCCUGGAGGAUAUAGAUGGUAUGAUUGAGCAAUUCCAUAUAUGGUUACACGAGGAGAGCAGAUUAAAUCGCCAUUUAGUUCGCUUUAUGGCACAUCUAGUCUUGUUCUUCAGGAGUAUAGCCAUGGAAACAAAGACUGAGUUGUGUGUAGGUAUACUGGAAGCAUAUGUUCAAGAUCUCAUACAGGAUGGCCACAAACAAUUAAUUGCCACCUAUGUAUCUACCUUACCUGAGAACCUACAGAUCCGCUGGUACGCUAGGUUUCUAGAAGGAAUCACCGACAAGGAAGAGAGACCAGUGUGUCUUGGAUAUGCCGAGGAUGCAGGUCUAGAUAUAGCUAGUAUAACCAAGAUGGUAGUUGAGAACAUACGUAAUAGGGACAUGGCGGAGUUCACUAUAGAUUCAGAGUCUGCUCUUGGGGCUGCUACUUCUCAAGAAGAUCGUCAGAAGAUUGAAGCAAUUGAUUGGCUGGUGUUUGAUGCGUCACAGAGAGCUGAGGCCUUGAGGCAAGCGAAUGCAGUCAUGAGAACAUUCCUAGCUUUGAAGAAACAUUCAGCAGCCAGAGAUGUUUUUAACAAAAUUCCUGCAAACUCUAUUGAUGUCAUUUAUCGCAAUUGGAAGAUGCAGACGGAUUCUACAGAGCUGCCACCUAGGGAGGAAAAUGCAAUAAGAGAAUACCUCUGCACUCAGGCAUACCUGGAUGCACAUGACUCGUUCAAUGAUUGGUUUGAACAUUAUCAUAAUUCUAAACCAGCUGUGCCAGAUGUGCCACAGGGUACCAACUUUAGUGAGAGAAUCGCAUAUGAACAUAUGGAGAAAGAAUAUCAUCAGGAACUUGAUAGAUGGCGCCAUACAUUGAUGAUUCAGACCAAGGCAACAGAAGAGAAAAUGUAUAAUGUACUCAUGUUUGUGAAUGGAGGUUGGAUGGUUGACAUGAGGGAGGAUGAUCAAAUGGAAGAAUCAAGGGCAAAUCAAAUGAAGCUGUUACGGCAAUUGUGCUUACCCACUAUAUGUUUCCUUUUACAUACUGUGCUGCACAUAACUGAGCAGUAUAAAAAGGCAAUACAAUUGGCAGAUCUUAUAGCAUCUGAGCAACACAAACUAUAUCUUGUUUUCAGAAAAGAUGAGUUACAGAAAUUGCUACAGAAAAUCCGAGAAUCAUCCCUCAUUCUUCUUGACCAACAAAAAGGCCCCUUGGGAUAUUCACAAACCUGACCACUGGAAGACCCCUUAGGAUAUAUAUAUAUAUAGAAGGAUGAGUCAGGAUAUAUAUGACCAACAUUGCAAGAACUAUAAUAAUAUAUGUAUUCUUUAAAAUUGACUAAUCUAAUUAUCUGAGUAGUUCUUGAGAGUGAGAAGCCAUAUGACUUUGCUACAUCGGGAGUUGCUGUUUUCUAGUUAAGAAAUCAUGGGAUAAAGAAAAAGUGGAAUUGAAAUAAGAUUGCUAUUAAAAUGCAGAAACAAUCCACUGAAAUAAAUGUCAUUGCUACAACUUGCUUGAAACAUCAUGAUAAUAUGAAAGGCAUGUAUAAGCUGCAUGUAGUGGCCAAUAGAGUCGAGAAAUAAAACGAAAUAAUAUUGUACAAUUGUAUAUUUUGUAAUAAAUAGAAA